AUGUGGAAAAGAACUAAAAAUGAAUUUCUCUUUUGUGAACCUCUCGAACAAACCACAAAGGCUAUUGAUAUAAUGCAGAAAAUACAAGACUUCUUUGAAAAGAACGAUUUCACAUGGGACAUUGUUGGUUCAAUCUGUACUAAUGGAGCUCCAGUCAUGAUGGGAGUGAGAUCAGGCUUCACUGCACUUGUGAAGCAAAAUGCACCCCAUGUGAUAACAACACAUUGUGUUCUUCACAGACAUGCAUUAGCUGCAAAAACUCUUCCUGAAAAUCUGAAAAUUGUUUUUCAGAAAGUUGUUGAGGCUGUUAACUUCAUUCGGGCCCGAGCUUUGAAUCACCGUUUGUUCAAAACUUUUUGUGAUGAGAUGGGCUCUGAGCAUUCCAUUCUUUUACUACAUACCGAUGUGAGGUGGCUUUCUCGUGGACUUCUGUUAAAUUGUGUGUUUGAGCUCAGUACUGAGUUAGAGAUUUUUCUUCGUGGCUGA